CCCUCAGCCGACAUGGUCCACCUGAGGGCCAGAGAAGUCCAGCAGCUGCUGCACAAUAAGUAUGUGGUUGUCAUGGGGGACUCGGUCCAGAGGGCCGUGUACAAGGACCUGGUGCUCCUGCUACAGAAGGACUGUCUGCUGUCUCCCAGUCAGCUGAAGGACAAGGGCGAGCUGAGUUUCGAGAAUGAUGUGCUGCUGGAGGGUGGCAAGAGGGGCCGCAUGCACAAUGGGACCAACUACCGCGAGGUCCGCGAGUUUCGCUCAGCUCACCACCUGGUACGCUUCUACUUCCUCACGCGCGCCUACUCUCAGUACUUGGAGAGUGUCCUGGAAGAGCUGCUGUGGGGCGAGCACGGGCCAGACGUGGUUGUCAUGAACUCCUGCCUCUGGGACCUGGCCAGGUAUGGAGAGGAAUCCUUGUGGAGCUACCGGCAGAACCUGGAAAUCCUAUUCUGGCGCUUACAUCAGGUGCUGCCUGAGUCUUGCCUGGUAGUGUGGAACACAGCCAUGCCUGUGGCUCACAGGGUGUCUGGAGGCUUCCUCCCACCUGAGCGCCUGGCCCCAACAGCUUGGCUGCGGGAGGAUGUGAUGGAAGCCAACUUCUAUACCGCAGCUGAGGCAUGCAGUCAAGGCUUUGACGUGCUGGACUUGCAUUUCCACUUUCGGCACUCUGGGCAUCACCGACAGGAAGAUGGCGUGCACUGGAACGAAUGCGCUCACCGAGGGAUCUCGCACUUGCUGUUGGCCCACGUGGCUGACGCCUGGGGUGUGAUCUUGCCUGGCCGCGACCUGGUGGACAGCUGC